CUCCCUCCGCCGCCCCGGCACGGACCGCAAUGAUUUAGAAGUUCAGGAAUCCCACGUGACGUCACGGAGGGUGAUGUAAUGCUUCUCUAAAUAGAUCGUAUUGUAACCUUCCCUCAGUCCAACGUGGUUCCUCCAGCCGGGCUGCUGGUCCCGUCCCUUCGGCACUUGUGCGAUUUAUGAGGAAUCAGAGAUGAACUUGGAGCAGGAGAGGCCUUUUGUCUGCAGUGCCCCAGGCUGCUCACAGCGUUUUCCAACAGAGGAUCAUCUGAUGAUUCACAGGCACAAACAUGAAAUGACUUUGAAGUUUCCUUCAAUAAAAACAGAUAAUAUGUUAUCAGAUCAGACUCCUACACCAACACGCUUUCUGAAGAACUGUGAGGAAGUGGGCCUCUUCAAUGAUAUUGAUUGCUCCUUAGAGCACGAGUUUAGAAAGGCACAAGAAGAAGAGAACAACAAAAGGAAUAUCUCCAUGCAUAACACAGUUGGAGGAGCAAUGGCCGGUCCUGGAUCUCACCAGCUCACAAAUACAAGGAUGCCAAACCACGACACCAGCGUUGUGAUUCAACAAGCCAUGCCAUCUCCACAGUCCAGUUCUGUCAUUACGCAAGCACCUUCUACAAAUCGACAGAUUGGGCCUGUCCCAGGUUCUCUGUCUUCACUACUGCACCUACACAACCGACAAAGACAGCCCAUGCCUGCCUCUAUGCCUGGCACCCUGCCCAAUCCUACCAUGCCUGGAUCCUCUGCUGUACUAAUGCCUAUGGAGCGACAAAUGUCAAUGAACUCCAACAUCAUGGGAAUGCAGGGGCCAAACCUCAAUAAUCCAUGUGCUUCACCUCAAGUACCCCCAAUGCAUUCAGAAGCCAAAAUGAGAUUGAAGGCAGCGCUAACUCAUCAUCCUGCCACCAUGUCAAAUGGGAAUAUGAACACCAUGGGCCACAUGAUGGAAAUGAUGAGCUCGAGACAGGACCAGACACCGCACCAUCACAUGCACUCACAUCCUCAUCAGCACCAGACCCUGCCACCUCAUCAUUCAUACCCACAUCAGCACCAGCAUCCGGCGCACCAUCCUCAUCCUCAGCCUCAUCACCAGCAGAAUCAUCCUCACCACCACUCCCACUCGCACCUUCAUGCACACCCGGCACAUCACCAGACCUCGCCGCACCCCCCCCUGCACUCAGGUGGACAAGCACAGGUUUCACCAGCAGCCCAGCAGAUGCAGCCCACUCAGACAAUACAGCCGCCGCAGCCGACCGGGGGCCGCCGGAGAAGGGUGGUGGAUGAAGACCCCGACGAGAGAAGGCGGAAAUUUCUGGAAAGGAACCGAGCCGCCGCCACGCGCUGCCGACAGAAGAGGAAGGUCUGGGUGAUGUCACUGGAAAAGAAAGCAGAAGAACUCACCCAGACAAACAUGCAGCUUCAGAACGAGGUUUCCAUGCUGAAAAAUGAGGUAGCACAGCUGAAACAGUUAUUGUUAACACAUAAAGACUGUCCGAUAACAGCUAUGCAGAAAGAAUCACAAGGAUAUCUAAGUCCUGAGAGUAGUCCUCCUGCAAGCCCUGUCCCAGCUUGCUCCCAGCAGCAAGUCAUCCAGCACAACACCAUUACAACUUCGUCCUCUGUCAGCGACGUCGUGGGGAGCUCUACUCUCACCCAGCUCGCCAGCCACAGAACAGAUAUCAACCCAAUCCUUUAAGACUGACUGAUCAGAAACUGCUAUGGGAGUGUGGUAGCGUAUCAAAGCGUGCUUUGUGCUAAGGACAUUUUCAACAGUAACUCAAGUCUGGAAGAUUCCUCUGUCCUUGAAAGACUGUGGCUUUCAUUUUUAUAGUUAUUAAAAUGUCUUUUGUACUUAGUUACAUAAAAGGGAGUUAUGCAAUUAAUAUGCUAUCAGCUUGAGAAAUGCUUUGAUGCUUUCUCCAGUUUUUUUGGUACCAGUUACUUGUUUAUAAACCUAACUGUUUCUGUACAUAGUUAUGUUUCCUUCUCACCAAUCUAGCCUGAAGCCUCAGAAAUACAGAGUUGUGUUAAACUGCAGCUUGUUAGCAGACAUGAGGCAUGAAAAGUAUUAAACAGAGCCAUACAUAGGUAACUAGGAUUAAUUAGGCUAUAAAUAUAGAGAGAGGGCAUCUGCUGACAGCAUAAUAAAAAAUGAGUUAGUGUUGUGCUAUCACCAGAACCCCAUCUUGUAUUCAGAGCCUCUUUCAAAGUGGUUAUAUAAUAUUGGCUAUCAGAACAAAACCCCAAAUAAUGUGCUCUUUUGUCUAGCUUUCCUCCUUCGGCUCUCUAUCGUCCCUGUCUUUUUUGUCCUUCAGUCAUUCUUAAAUGUUCCUUUUCCCUCUCCAAACCCUCUACCCUUUUCUUCUCCAAGCUUCUUCUUGCUUUUUUUUUCAUUCCAAGACUUGCUCACUUCUCUCUCUUUUUAUCCCCUUUCUAAGAACAGUGAUGAAGAAGCAAAGACUUCAAGCCCACCUAAAAACUGUUGGCAUGGCUGUUGCUUUCACUAGCUCUUCACCCACAGCUGGGCUGCACUGAGCAUUUAUGUUUAAAAAAAUAGAAAUGCUCCUGAUUUAGUGUUUUUAAUAAACAGUGAAAGGCGAAAGCAGUGUAGUCACAGGUGAAGCACGAUUGAGAGCCAGCUGUGUUGAUGCUAGCAGCCAUGUAAGCUUGUGAGGUAAAUGUCUGUGGCACAGUACAGGCCUAGCAAAUAACACCUGAGAAUUACAGCAUUUUUUUGCACUGCCAGUCAUUGACAUAGGAAAUCCAUGUAGUAUAUAAUAAUUCAGAAAAGUUCUGUUCCCUAACCUGGUUACAUUGUUUUAUCAUCGAAUGCUAACAGCCUCAGAUUUCAUGGGCUACAAAUGAAAAAUAAAUCAGCGUAACUGUUCUGACCAGUUGGAAAAAUGCCAUUUCUAAUUACCAGGGGAAGACCUGUUCUUUGCAGGCAUUCCUUUAAACAUACAUGAACUGGAUCUUUAGCUGGCAGACAUCAGUGUAGCUUCACUGACUUUAAUGGCACUUAUGCCAGUUUACUGCAGGUAAGGAGCUGUCUCAUGACACUAAAAAAAUAAAAAAGAAGCAUGCAGCAGCUAAAAAAUACUGCAAGAAUGGCAAAUUCCAUUACUCUCUCUGGGUGAAACUCAGUCCUGCGAAGAGGGUCUAUAAAAGGGCCUUAUGCCACAAUUAAGGUUUUUGUUUGGACUAUGUGCCAGCCCGUCAGCACUACUGAUUUGCAUCCCAGAGUAGUACCAGUGAUUGAUGGGAAAAUCAGAUGAAGAUGAUGCCAGUUAAUUAUGUUACCUUUCAGCAUACUGGGACCUGAUUUUGCUCUCAAGUCUGUCAGUGGCAAAACCUCCUGCUGGUUCCCAUGGGAGCAGGAUCAGGCUCUGAGCUGGUGAUAAAUGUUCAAACAUUCUGAACUGCAUUUUUAAUAACAAAAGCUAAUUAAUGUUAUUCCUGGCAAAUACUCUAGUCCUGAACAUACUUUGUUCUGAAGCUAAGUUCUUGUUCUCAAAGGCUGUUUCUUUGGUAUGAGCAGAGUGGUAGUUUUAAAAGGGUGACUCUUCUCAGUGUGGGGAGGGAGAGUUAAACAAAUGAAGCGUGAGGCACUGUAAUGAGCAGAGCCCAUUUGGAAGGAAAAGCAAAAUUCUGAGGAUCAUUCAUUUCUGAAUUAGUUCUUAUCUUGGUAACUAACUUUUUAUCAGUAUUCUUUAACAACUGUCUUUCCAUUUAUGCAAAUACAUUCAAAAGAAAAGGAUUUUUAAUGUACAGUGUAAAUCUUGACUUGAUUAUAUAGUCUAAGAACAAAAAAAAAUUACGAAAAAAUACAAAUGUAAAGGAUUUUCUAUUAUAUUUUAGACAAACAUAUGCUUUUAAAAUGUUUUAAAUACUGAAUCUAUAAUUUUUUUUUAACCUCCAGUUGUAAUAGCUAAAUGGUUGUGCUUCAUCAUGGCUCCCAAGGGAACUUUUUUCAAAUAUGCAGUUGAGCAAAAUGUUCCAGCUGAGUAUCCACUAUGUAAAAAAAAAAAGCAUUUCCCAUGUGUCUGAAUUUCAUCAUUCACCAUGAAAGAUAGAAUGCCAUCAUAGGGUUAAUUUAAAAACUUUCCCUCUAUAUGGGUAGCACUUAAAUGCAUUUAAAAAUAAAAAUCAAAGUUGUUGGUAAUAUUAGAUUACCCAGUUGAGCUACACUGCACUAGAAUUAAGGUUUAGCUUCAUUUUUAUUCAGUCUCCUCAAUUAAAAUAUUUAGCUGUUAAACUGAAAGAAAAAGAAAAAAAGCAAAAAAAUACAAAAACCUUGCCUAAGUUUUGUUAAAUUCAGCAACUUGACAGUUUGACUGAUGUGUAUUAUAUAUAGCUCAAUUAUUUCUUUUUUUAAUGCUAACUAGGCAAGCCAACCACACAUGUUGGCCUAAAUGUGUAAUUACAAUGAAAUGUCUCCUCUCUAUACUAUUGGCCUUUAGGUAUAAUCAUUGCUAGUGAUGUGGAAAUAAGUAAAGGAUGAAAAGCUAUUUGCUAUUGCUUCUUGUAACUCUGUCGCAGGUUCACAGGCCAAGACAACAUGCAGCAUAUUUAUAUUAGCUAUAUCGGUAAAAGGACCAACCAUAUCAGCACCUUAUAUUAUUCAUCAGAUUCACUUCCACAUUAAAAUAUGCUUGUUUCCUGGAGGACUGGUCUUGCAGCCCUCACUUAAGUUGCUAGCGCCUCCGUGCACUGGAGACUGGCUGAGUAAGGGUUGCAGGAAAAGCCCUGGUGUCUCUGUGCCGUUUGGUUAUGGUUUCGGUGGAAGUGGUCUCUCCUUCUAAGCACAUCAUUCGAAAUGCACUUACCAUGCUCUUGCAUUCGAGGAGAAAUCCUGCUUUUCCAUGAGCUGCUACUGGAGACUGAUACGCUUUUCUCCUGCCUUUCAAAUUCAGCCCGCUGCAGUGCUUGCCGGGCUCUGUACCCGUCUCACGGCCGGCGUGGACUAUUUGGACAGCUUCCCUCCUUCGCCUUCCCCAGGGUUAACAAGGCGGCGAGUCUCGGUGCACUUCUUAUUCAGAAGGAAGCCUCCAGAUGUUAAAGGUAUUUCUGUGGACAGCAUCUCUCGUUGUGCGACAUCAGAAGUACGUUGGAAAUCUCAGCCACGGACAAUUGCAAUACUUUUAUCGCGAAGAAACUAUGCUGUGAUUCAGUUCUUUCUUCCCCAUCCCCCUCCCCCUGAGUCAAUUUAUGCAAGCCAUAUUCCUAACACUGCCUGUGGGAGACAAGUAGUUUGUGUGCUAUCAUGGUGUGUUUUAUAAGGACGACGAUGGUGAUUUAUGGAGAAUUUCAUGCUGUUUUGAGUUAAUUCCUGCUACGAAACUAAAUGUAUGCUGCCCAUGUUCUGAACAGUGGAAAGUCAAUGGUUCAGUGCCUCAGUACGUGUGGAUGUAGUGUGUUAACUGACUCUGUCCUGUUAACUAACAAGCCAGCUAUAACUGUUGUUAAAUGCCCAACUUUUGAGGAUUCAUAUUUUUUUAAGCAACAAUAUUUAGUGUUUAAAACUAGCCUUUUAGUUUAGGUAAAAUGUGCUUUUUAGCAGCUAAUACCUUUUUUUUUAAAAAAAAAGCGUAUAGAGUGAAUUUAUGAAAAUUCAUGAGGACCAAAGCAAUUUUAAAACAGGAAUCUAUUAAUUUAGUAUUCACAUAGAAUUUUAUAAAGUAUUUAUUAAUAAAUGUUAUUUUAACACAUUCCAUUUGAACAGUAUUCUUGUACAGAAUCUGUUUGUUUGUUUUUUAAGUUACAAUAUUAGUUUUGCAAUAAACUACUCUAGGUGUGUGUGCAUCUUAAUCUUUCAGGGUCUCAAGCAGAAGCCAUCCAUCUAAGAUGGAAAAGUUUGCUGAGGUCAGUUGUACAGAAAUUCCUAGAAUUAAAUGUUUUCCUUAAAGCAGCAUCUGCUUUUUUUUUUUUUUUUUUUUUUUGGUAGCAGCAAAACAAAUUAUGAACCUUCAGUUGUUUCCUUUCUAUUGGAAAAUGUGCUCUCUCAUUUUAGAAAGCACGGGUCAACAUAUAACUGGAAAGUCUGUCUUCUUUUUCAGGCUGAUUACAUACAUCACCAUGGAAGAUCUAACCCCAUCCUUCUUUCUUUUCUGAUAUCACAUAGUGAGUUGCACUAUACUGCCUUAUCAUUGCCUCUUCUGUCCUUUUACUAAGCAGUGUUCCUUAGAUUUAGACCACUGAAACUCCAUUAUACAUCAGAUAAAAUUACUGGAGGGGGAAGAAGAAAAAAAGAUUGAUCUGUAGACAUGAAAACUAAACUGUGCCUAUAAACAAAACCAGUUACAACUAAUUAGUAUCUUAUUUCUACGUUUCAAUUAUUUAUAUUAUUUUAAAAUUGCACUUUAGCUCUCACUGUCUUUCUUGCUCUCCCCUGUUGAAUCAUUUAUAAUACUCUUGUAAAACAUUUGCACCAGAUACAUUUAUAUGCUUUCACUGGUGGCAUAUCUACAACUUGUCUCUCACACCUGCCCAAAAGGAGAAGCUGAGAACAGCCAGUCUGCAGUGUGACUUAGACUUUACACCCUCUUCAUGAUAGCAUAUAAAUGUUUUAUUAUGCAAAGUGUGUGAGGCAGCAUCUAAGCUACGUUUGUAAUCUCUCAUCCUGAGAACCAAAGUGUCCUGUAUAUCGUAGGUCAGGAGACUGGCUCUGUUGUGCAUUAUAAUGCACUUUUGACUGUUGUCCAACCCACAGUAGCUGUGAAGCUGCAGUGGUAACAGUGGCCAUACAAUGUAUUAGACUUCUAAACAAUAAAAUAUGUUGCCUUAUAACUUGACUAGGGACAGCACCUUUAAAAAAAGAAAGAAUAAGAAAAGAGACUAAAAACUUCUAAGGACAAACAAAAGCAAUAAAAUCUCAAGUGAACUGAACACCAAAAAACCUGUUCAAUUUUUCAUCAUGUGAAAUAAUCAUCUUAUUGCAAAGACAAAGGAGACAGUUUACGUCUGUUACAUCUUUUUUCAGAGCUUACUGUUAUCUCAGUUUUAUCAGUGGCUUUACAUUUAGAGCUAAAUUGCUUACCAGUAUUGUUUUUUUCCAUAGCUUUCAAAACUAUAGCAAAUGUUAAAACUCUGUGAGGCCAAAAGUGUCAGUGUCCACACACACACACACAAAAGAUUGAUUCUCUAAGUGGAAAUCUGAUCCUUUCCCAGGCUCUCCUUGGACUGGAAUCAAUAAUUACAACUCGCUAUAUUUAGACCUAUGUGUAAUACCUGGUAUUCAGGAUCUCCAGUUCUAUAUUUAUGCAAAUUAAACAUUAUUUAUGUUGUUUCACUUGGCAGAACUGUUUCCGAACCCUACUGUAAUAGCAUGCCAUCUUAUGUUGUAAGACUAUUAGACCCAAACCUCUUUUCAACUAAUAUCUUUCAAACAGGCUUCUGAAUGAAGACUGAAAAUUCAUUCUGGCUUUACAGAAAGCGCAGCAGUGUCAGGAAACAAGGGGGAGGGAGGGCUGAUAGGGCAUUUGAAGGGAACUGUUUUCCUCGCUGGAAUCUAGGAAAUUCCAGAGACGUUUUUUUCCCCACUCCCCAGGAGCUGAGAUUGCUAUGAGAUCCCUGUCAGAGACGACCUUUACCAUGUUUCCAAAAGACAAAGUAUUUUGCACGCAAGGUGUAUUCACUCUUCAGAAGAAGAAUAAUUGCCACUGAGAGUUUUGCCAAGGACUUUAGCAUCGAGACCUGAGUGUUUCCAAGGCCAUGUUCGUGAGCUCUGUACUUUUGUCUGUAACAGCUCAACUGAAACACUGGGUUGCAAUCAUCAGUCAAAGUUGCUUCUUUGGAAUAUUGUCAUUGUCCUGGUUUUAAGGAACUUUUAGCACUGCUUGGAGUAAGCCUAAACUAUCGAAGUUUAUAUAUAUAAAUAUAUAUAUUAUAUUAAAAAAGGUGCUGUCACAGUAAGUUUUGGGCUUGAGGUUGUUUGUAUUGUAUGCAAAGGUUUUGUGUUUGUUUGUCUGUUUGUUUUAUUCUGUAAAGCAACCACCUUCCUUACUGGAGGGAGAUAAUUUUUUUUUUUUUUGGUACAUAAGUGUAAAUACUUGCUGCAGCAUUUAAUAUGUUUAAUUUUAUGUUAAGCUUUUUGUUGCAUUGUGAACCCAUUAUUGUUACAAAUGGACAAUGAGUUCAUUGAGACUGUUCAACUAGGUCAGAUUUUUACAUCUCUUUCUAGCUAGAAGAGAGGAUUUUUGUGCAUUUGUACAAAUGUUAAUAAUAUCACUGCAAUUCCAAUAUAAUAAAGCACUCAAAUACAAAUAA